AUGUUACUCAAGCCCGCGACACCCCUCACCGUCCUACUACUGGUCGCCUUUGCGCUGCUGUUGAUCUCCUGUUUGUCGACACCUAUCAUCAAGGGCAUCCCUCUUGCGACAUACAGCAAUGUCGACUACGGUGUCUUUGGCUAUUGCCAAGGCGACGUAUGUACCAACAUUCAUGUUGGAUACAGUACCAAGGAUAUUACUAGCUCCGGCGAUGAGUUCAAUCUGCCUUCGGGCACACGGAAGUCGCUAUCGUCGAUCCUAAUAAUUCACCCCGUCGCCGCUUUCCUCACCCUCGUUUGCCUCUGCCUGGCCGCUGCGGCCCAUUUUCAUGGCCCCUCUCAUUCCCCGCGCUACCUCCUGGCUCUUCUUAUUUUGCUCCUGCCGACUCUUCUGGUGACCUUGCUUGCCUUCCUGGUUGAUAUAUUGCUUUUCGUGCCGCAUUUACAAUGGGGUGGCUGGAUCGUGCUGGCCGCGACCAUCCUCCUCGUCUCCUGCGGGGUGGUGACUUGCGCCAUGCGCCGGACCCUGGUGAGCCGCAAGGCUCGGAAACGCCGUAUCGCGGAAAAUGCAGAAAUGAGUGGCGAGAACUACUAUAAUCGCCAAAAUGCCGCGACGGCAACUAUGGCAGGCGGCGUUGUGACGGAACCCACCGAGACCAAGGAAGCUAUCGUGACCGGCUCUCCCACCUCCGAAUCGGGCCCGACUUUCGCAAACUUCCACACUAGUACUCGCGACAGUGACGACGACCGUACCCCGCUCAACACCGCAGACGCAACUGUCAUGCAUGAUGUUCCUCCGCCGCCGGAUGCCCAAUACCCCAGCCGACGCGGAACCCCAUAUCGCCCACAAGACGAAGCCAGCAUACCACCUCCGGGCCCUUAUGGUCCUGGAAUGAUGCGCAACCCUUCCGAUCUUCGUGAUCCCAGACUGAUGCGCAAUCCCUCCGAUUCUCAUGGUCCUGGCAUGAUGCGCAACCCUUCCGAUCCUCGAUUGCGCCAGCAGUAUUCGGAUGGUAGCAUGGGAUCUCGCCGAGGUGGACCUGCGCCUGGCUUCGGCCCUCGCGGUCGGGGAGGUUAUCCUCCUCGGGGCGGGUAUGGACGUGGUGGUCCCUACGCGGGUCCACCCCGCGGGCCUCCUGGCAGAGGCGGCUACAUGGGCCCUCCUAGGAGCCGUGGAGGCAUGAUGCCCGGUCGCGGAGCACCGCGUGGUGGAAUGGGCUAUGCACCUGCCCCGAAUCGAGGCUAUGACGCCUACACCCCGCCCAUGGAUGAUACUUACGGAGCGGCACCCAUCGAUUCUUUCGUGGCUGCACCUGUUGGUCCGAUGCGUGAGCCCUCUCCGGGCCCCAUUGGAAUGGCGGUUUCGCCUGAAACAGUGGGACAGGCAAUUGAGAUGCAACCCCAGCCGCGGCAAUAUGAGGGACACGAUUCAGCGGCCACGGCCACCUCUCAUCCCCAUGCGGUGUCUGUUGACGGGCAAUUAGCCCCUCUUGAGAGCCCUACGAGUCUGUACAGUCGGACUGAUUCUUUCGUCCCUGCUCGAGCUGCAUGGGGAAUGAAUGACAACCAUCGUACGCUCGCACCGCGCCCUUCAGCCUCGCCCGUACACACAGGCAACGCGCAGCCCGCUGCGUACUACGAAGACGUGGAACCUCGAUUUGCUCGUCGCCCCUCACCUCAAAACAACAGCUCAGUUCCUUCGGCCCUGACUCCUGGAGGAGCCCACUUUUGA